AUGAUCCGCGCGCUCUUCGCCAUCGCGGCUCUCGCCAGCAAUGUUCUCGCCUGCCCCGACCACUCCCCCUCUAAAGCAGCACUCAGAAAGCGCCUGCUGGCAGGUGACGGUACAAAUGCUGACGAUUGGACUUGGGACAACACAGGUGCAUGGCCAGCGAUCUCGGCCAUCUGUGGUAAUGGCACCAUGCAAUCUCCAAUCGAUCUCGAUCCCGGCAACUUCUCCCAAGUCAUGGUCCCAACGUUCAACUACGCUAUGGACACGGUUUGCGGGUCCCUGACCAACAGUGGUUACGGUCCUGCCUUCACUUUGACCGCGAUGGAGCAAGACGACAUAGAUGAACACCCAUCCUUCACCGCUGACGGUGUUUCCUACUACCUCCUUGGCUGGCACACACACACUCCUUCCGAACAUACCUUUGGCGGCCAAGCAGUCGAAGCCGAACUCCAUCUUGUCCAUGGCGACAAGGAUGGUAACGCUAUCGGCGUGGUCGGCUUCCCCUUGACCGUCGGCGACGAAAGCAGUUUCCUCGCACAGUUCAUGGGCUCCACGACCAUGCCCUCCAAGGAGACCGAGACCCCCGUCGCGGUAAGCGACAUCAAUAUGGGCCUGAUCCUGAAAGACGCGGGCGACUUUCAAACAUACUGGUCUUACGCUGGUAGCUUGACCACCCCUCCUUGUAGCGAGGGCAAGAGAUGGUGGGUCUCUGGUCAGACUGUCACCAUCAGCCCGGCUCAGUGGGAGGAUCUUCAAGCUGUCAGUGCUCCUAGUGCCAGAGAGGUCCAGAAGAUCGGCAGGCAUAGGCUGAACCAGGACUAA